AUGCCUACAGCAACCUCAGCUUUCGGGUUCCAAAUCACCAACUAUGGUCCGCUCACAACAGCUUUUGUUGCGGCGCCAUCGUGUGCUACCGAGUCCAACUUUUUGCAAAUUGCACCUUCUGGAGCCCCAGACAGCUUCGCUUAUAGCAUCGGCUGCGACAUUACCAAGAGCACUUUUGGCCAAUGCUAUCCUUCUGGCGACACAGUCGAUUCCCACCGCGCGAGGGUUGCUACCGACGUGGCAUAUAAUGAGAUAGGCUACUAUUCACCAGGUGUAAUAUGUCCAGCAGGCUGGAACACAGUCGGCGUUGCCGUAAAGGCUAAAGACGGUGUGCUGAGCACCUCUGGCGUGUUUAGUCCGGCCCACCCAGUGCCUUCUCGCGUGGAAGGGAUUUUCUUUAAUCCACCCCUCAACGUCCUCAUGGGUGCUAUCGACCCCGGUGAGACAGCUGUGCUGUGCUGUCCAAGCUCAAUGACUGGAGGCGAAGGGACGUGCUACUCUACUCUUCCAAACCUCACACCCACCGAGGGCUGCCUGCGUCUAGUCCCAAAUGAUGAUAUUGGCUCCAUCGGUACGACCUUGAGUGUCUACGGGACCACCAUCUCGGCCGACCUUCUCACGAUCACCGCAACAAAGCCCGUCACGGAAACAACGAAGACGACAUUCUCAGGCGCAGAGGCUUCACGAUAUGUCGCUGUUACGUUUACGCCCAUGGUCGCGCUUGUGCAUAAGGCUACGGAGGCACCAGCGAGCACAACUUCGGCAAGCUCUGCAGCGUCGGGGCGGACUUCUGGUGGGGAGCGAACCUUUGUUGGGUCGGUUCCCAUCUACGCGGUUGCUGUGGCGCUGGGAUUUGCAUUUUGCUUCUCGUUCUAG